AUGCAGCGAGUCAAGAAUGUAGACUAUGAUGAGGAUGACCUAUACUCGGACGAAGAAGGCUAUGAAGAUGGACAGGACGCUCAAGGAUACACAGCGGAAGACAAGGACAACUUUGCCAACUUGACGCCGGUUGUGCGUGCAGAGCUCGAAGAAAAUGGCAUUCAGGCCACAUCGGCACAGAUUGAAGAGGCGCUGUGGCAUUACUACUGGGAUGUGGGCAAGAGCGUAGCAUACCUCAAGAACUCGAGAACACCCCGGCAAUCACAACCGCAGCAGCAGCACGAAUCUAAGAAGAAUAAGCCUAAGAGCAAAUUCGACGAGGCU